AUGGGCGGCCUGGUCUCCUCACAGCCCGAGUACGAGAACGUGGAUGCAGAUGUCGCACACCAGCUCGGCACCUUCGUGACGAAGUCUUUCAAGGAGUCCCAAGAUCGUUCCUCCUGUUUGUCCUGCAGCACGAGGCCGAAGAGCUACAUCAAGAGUCUGACAGUCUACGAGAGGGACCCGAGCGACCGCAGAUAUCGGAUGACCGUGGAUUUGGACCACGAUCGAGACUCAAGCUACAGCCAUGUGUGGUACAACAAGGUGCUGACAAAGCGAACGCUUCUGAAGCCUCCUCAUGUCAAUUUCACAGAGACUCGAUUCCUGUUGACCUCGACCUGGGAAAUCUGCUUCGCUGUACUCGCGCCAGCACAGGUCAUGGCGUCUUUCUCAUCUGCUUCGGAGGCCAAUCCACUUCUCUGCAGCUCUUACGGGUCGAAGCUGCUGAAGGCUAUGAAGGCACAAAAACUUGCAGUCGACGGCACGAAUCGGCAGCUCAAGCACACGCGCCGAGAAGUUAGAGCAAGCUCAAGCCUAGCUUUCGUGAAGCCUCAUGACGAGCGGCGUUACGGCGGAGUCGUGCCGACUUCAAUGGGCGAAGGCGGCAGAUUUGAGACGUGGCGGCGUAGCGGCUCAGCAGCUCCGCCCCUCACAGCCGAGGCUCGUGGCCAUCCUCUCCUGGAUGCGACGAGGCACAGCCUGGCGGUGUCUCUGAGUGGUGGAGUCCUUGAGCUUGUCGACGUUGCCUUGUGGGAGGCCUCCGAUGAGGACUCUGUUCCUUUGGAGUUUCUGUUCACUGGCGUACCCAGUGACGUGGACGAGGAAAAGCUAGCCUUGGCGCUGACCGAAAAGCUGCAAGAGCGGCUGCAGGAGGAGCGCAGGGCGGAGUUUCGAUCACAGCUGAAGAAGCGUCAGGAGUCCUCCCUGCGGCGGCGCAAGGCAGGCCCUGAAGAAGGCGGAGAUGGCGCCGAGGAACAGUGGAGAAGCUACCUGCGGAAGCCCGCUCCAGAAGUGAAGCUCAAAGUGCAGAGCGUGUUCGAUGCUGGUACGCGUGUCCGGAAAGUCUUGGGGUGCCGCGUUCUGGUGUCCCCAGAGGCUGCGGAUGAUCUGGGAAAGAUUUGCUUUCGCCACAUCUUCGAGUCCGAGGAAGAGGAGAAGGAGAGGCUACGGCAACUCCAGUGGUACGAGGAUCCUUUUCUCGUGUGCUUCUACAGCUGCUCCUGUGUGCUUGUGGUGGUGAUGCUGCUUUGGCUCGCGAUGCUGUUGCCCGCGAUUCUACGGCAAAGCUAG